UUCUUGCUAUAUCCUCACCACUUCACUCAUCAGUCGCCUUCUUCCUCACUCACCAAACCCAGCCAAGCGAAUUAAGCUGCGGUGAUAGCUAGGCAAGCGGCGGCCGGCGUGAGGGAUCGGAUCCAUGGCGUUCAUGCGGUACCGCGCGCUGCCGCAGGGGGAGCCGACGGUGGAGGAGUUCCGGGCGUGGCUGGCGCAGUUCGACGCCGACCGCGACGGCCGGAUCAGCCGGGAUGAGCUGCAGCAGGCGCUGCGGAGCCUCAACGUGUGGUUCGCGUGGUGGAAGGCGAGGGACGGGGUGCGCGCCGCAGACGCCAACGGCGACGGCGGCGUGGCCGGGGACGACGAGGUCGCCCGGCUCUUCGCCUUCGCGCAGAGGCACCUCAAUGUCAAGAUCACCCAACUCGGGUACUACUGAGCGCUGACCUCAGGCGACGGCGAUCGGCGGCGACGUGAGUGUACUUGUGUGGAUGGAUGUUGUUACUUCUUUAUUUGUUUCUUUUUCUUGGACCCUGGUGGAUGCCUUGUUCAAUUGUUAUAAAUGGUGUACGGAUCUUUUUGCUUUUGGCAAAUGUUUUGUGUGGUAACCGUGUUGACACGAUUGUACACUUGUAUGUACUCGUUUUUCCA